AUGAAGAAUGAAAUGUUGGAUAAGCCCAUGCAAAAGAAUCUUUGGGAUCUGUUAUCCCGCGAUUAUAAAGCAAUCCUUGAAUCGGGUGACUUUUCGGAUGUCAUAAUUACCGUCGGGAAGGAACCUAACGUAAAAGAAUUUCGAGGUCAUUCACUUGUGCUUAAGGUUCGAUCAUCUUAUUUUCGUACUGCUUUGUCAAGAGAUUGGGCAAAAUUUUCUCAUGGAGGAAUGAUGAAAUUUACUAAACCAAAUAUCGAGCCUGAAAUCUUUGAAGUUAUCUUCAAGUACAUAUAUAGUGGGACGAUUAAUCUUGGAGGCUUUAGCAUACCAGAUAUCUUUGAACUUUUAAUAGCUGCAGACGAAUUAUCUUUCGUUGAACUAUGUGACCACAUCCAAGACUUUCUGGUGAUGUCCCAAGUUUCGGUAAAGCAGCAUAUUGUUUCUGCCACGACAAUAGCCCAAAGGCAUUCCUCUUUUGGAAAGUUGGAUUCAUUUUGCAAAAAAAUUCUGGAGCAAACUCCAGAGAUGUACUUUCAUGCUCAAGACUUCAUCACCACCCCAUCCGAAUUGCUUUUGUCAUUAUUUGAAAAACAUCCAAUUACCUUGAAGGAGAUCGAAUUUUGGAAUAAACUUGUUGAAUGGGGCCGUGCGCAGAUGCCUUUACUUUCUCUCGAUGUCUCAGAAUGGACUUCCGUGGACUUUUCAACCUUUGGCAGUCUGGUGAAUCCAUAUGUUCAUCACAUUAAAUUUAAUCGUAUGAUGCCCGAUGAAUUUUUCAAAGAAAUUUAUCCAUUUAGACUAAUUUUUGAUGGCGCUUUUUAUAACCAACUUUUGGAAUAUCAUACGAUCGCGCAGAAAAGACAUUCUCAUUAUCCUGACAUUGAUUCCAAUCUUAUCACUAGACAGCAUGCAGCUUUAAUCUCGGAGUGGAUCAACGACACCAAGAUAGCUGCACUUGAUACUUCUAUGAAUAUCACAAGCGAUGGUAACAAUUUGAACAAUGAAUAUGAAUAUAACCUACUGAUACGUGGAUCACAUGAUGGGUUCACGGCAAAAGCGUUUCAUAAACAUUGCGAUUUAAAGGGUCCUACAAUCACUUUGAUACACGUGAAAGAUACGAACGAAAUACUGGGAGGGUACAAUCCAUUGGACUGGAGAGCAAAAUCAGAUAGUUCUGGCGAUAAUGCGUCAACACGAGAGAGUUUUAUAUUUGCGUUAGAUUAUGAAGAUGUGAACAAAUCAAUUCUCAGUAGAAUUGUGGAUACGGAUUAUGCUAUAUGUCAGUCUAGUCGGUAUGGUCCGCACUUUGGAAAUCAUAUCAGACCGGAUUUAGGAAUUAUGGGCAUAUUGAAUAACGCGAAGGAAGGGCAGUGUAAUAAGUUAAAAUAUAAAAAACGGAUUAGAAAGGCUAAUGGAAAAUUUCGGAUUGGAGAAUAUGAAGUUUUUCAGGUUGUUCAGAAAAAACUGUAA